AUGGGUGGAAAACAUUUAAAAAAAUUAAGGGCUGAAAGGGCAAAAGUUCAAUUGAAAAAAAAAAAACUUUUACCAAAGGGACAAAAUAUAACAGAUACGAGUUUUAAAGCAAAAAAAAUUGUACUCAUUGAACAAUUGAAAAAAGUUGAUGAAAAUGAACCUGUUACUUCCUGGAAUUUAACCCUUAAAGAUUUGCUUUCUCGUUUAACCCAUCAUAAUCCAUCAACUCGUUUAAAUAGUUUAAACGGUAUUAGAGAAUUAAUCACAAACAAUCCUCAAAUCCUUGGGGGUCCUUCAUUAAGGAAUACAAUAUUAAAAAUAUUAGAAUUACUUAUAGACAUUGAGCAUAAAGUUAGAAAGACAGCGAUAAAUUUAUUAAAUGAAAUAUUAAGUCAGUUACCGACUCAUUACAUAAUACCAUUUUACGACAUAUUAAAUGUUCACAUCAGUUGUGCCAUGACUCACAGAGAAAUAUCAAUACAGCAGGAUUCUCUUAAAUUUAUUGGUAUUGUCAUAGAACAAGCACCAGAUGCAUUGAAAAGAAAUUUUCCUGUAUUAGUUCAAAAUUUUUUAAGAAUAAUAUCUGGCAGUAAAUUUGGACAGCAUGUUGAAAUUGCUUCGUCUAAAAAAUUCAAACAAGAUAUUGUUAAAUCGAAAAUUGAAUCAUUAACUAAAUUUUACGAAUUGUUAAAUGCUGUUUACAACAAUCACAAAACAAUGGAUGAAAACAUGAAUAAAAUAAUUGAAAUUAAAAGUCAAGAGCGUAGAUUCGAUAUAAAAAGCUUAAAUACAAUGUAUAAAACAAUACCAGAUAUAUCAUCUCUUUUUAAAAGAUCUAAAACUGAUAAUUUCACAUCUUUGGAAGAACAUUACAAUGAGUAUCAAUCGUUAGUUUCGGGGAUAAUGCCAUUAAUGUUUGAUACAUGGACUGAAUUCGGUCCGAGCGAAAAAAAAGAUAAUUUCACAAUGGAAUGUUUGUUAACUCAAAGUUCUGCACAAUUAUUAUACAUCAUAUUACAAAUAAUAUUACUUUUAUAUGAGAAAACAACAGAACAAAACGAUACACAAUUGACAUAUUGGUUUGUUUCAACAUAUGGUACAACAUUUAUGAAAUCAUUUUUACUUAAUUUUCCAUAUUUGCCAAGAAUAUCAGUAUCGGAAUCAAAUUAUUUACAAGGAUCUGAUCAAUCGCCAGAGAAUUGUUUAAAAAUGAAAAAUCCACCGGAAAAUAUAAUAUUGACAAAAGUGAUAAAAAUAAUUUUAAAAUCUCAUAAAACAUCGAAAUGCGAUGAAGAAAUGAUCAAAUCUCUGAUUCGUCUUCACAAUUCGACAAACAAUUCAGAAUUUAAAAAAAAUUUAUUUGAAAUAUUAAUUGGGAUCGUGACGUCAGAUGAGUACGUUCACGCACGUCAUGGGAAACAAGUCGUUGACGAAUGGAUAAAAACGUUACCGGAUAAAUUAUUAAAUAAAAAUCCCGUACCUCUUUACGUCAUCGAAACCUUAUUAAAAGUGAUAAACACGACUUCCAAAGGUUCGGAUGUUUUAAAAGAAAUCGAAAAGAAGGCUCAUAGUAUCGUUUUAGAAUUACCAAACGUGAAAAUCGAUGGUAAAAAAGAUGAUUUCGAAGGACAAAAAUUAAUAGCAAACAUAUUGUACAGGUGCGAUAACGAAAUAUUAAAUAAUGUCGUUGAAAACGUUUUCAAAAUGGAGGAAAACGUUUACGAAAAUUAUCCGGAUAAUUUAAAAGAUUACAUAAAGGAUAUCGUCACGUACAAAUUGAAUUCAUAG